GUGGGUCGGCCCAACGCGUCGUCGACGGGGCGCGGAUCGCGGCCGGUGGUAGCUGUACCCGGUCAGCGUCCGCUCGCUCGGCUAUUCGUCCUCCGCCCCGACGAGGCGUCCGUGGCCGGGCUUCCGCAGUCAUGCUGUGGUCGACGCGGCUCGCGCUGCCCCUCUGAGUCCCGGGACGGCGGCGAGCGCGGCGAGCUCGGGUCGCCAUGCCUACCCGAGUGUGCUGCUGCUGCUCUGCUUUGCGUCCUCGAUACAAACGUCUGGUGGACAACAUAUUCCCUGAAGAUCCCAAAGAUGGCCUUGUUAAAGCUGAUAUGGAGAAACUGACAUUUUAUGCAGUGUCUGCACCAGAGAAGCUCGAUCGGAUUGGUGCCUACCUGGCAGAGAGGCUGAGCAGGGAUGUUGUCAGACACCGCUCUGGAUACGUUCUAAUCGCUAUGGAGGCGUUGGACCAGCUUCUCAUGGCCUGCCAUUCUCAAAGCAUCAAGCCAUUUGUAGAAAGCUUCCUUCACAUGGUAGCAAAGCUCCUGGAAUCAGGGGAACCAAAGCUUCAAGUUCUUGGAACAAAUUCUUUUGUCAAAUUUGCAAAUAUUGAAGAAGAUACACCGUCCUAUCAUAGACGUUAUGACUUCUUUGUAUCUCGAUUCAGUGCCAUGUGUCACUCCUGUCAUAGUGAUCCAGAAAUACGAACCGAGAUUCGCAUUGCUGGAAUAAGAGGUAUUCAAGGUGUGGUUCGCAAAACAGUUAAUGAUGAACUUCGGGCUACCAUUUGGGAACCACAGCAUAUGGAUAAGAUUGUUCCAUCCCUUUUGUUUAACAUGCAGAAGAUAGAAGAAGUUGACAGUCGCCUAGGCCCACCUUCUUCCCCCUCUGCAGCUGACAAAGAAGAGAACCCUGCAGUGCUGGCAGAGAGCUGUUUCAGAGAAUUGCUGGGCAGAGCAACUUUUGGGAAUAUGAAUAAUGCCGUUAGGCCAGUUUUUGCGCAUUUAGAUCAUCACAAGCUGUGGGAUCCUAAUGAGUUUGCAGUUCACUGCUUUAAGAUUAUAAUGUAUUCUAUUCAGGCCCAGUAUUCUCACCAUGUGAUCCAGGAAAUUCUUGGACACCUUGAUGCUCGUAAGAAGGAUUCUCCACGGGUUCGAGCAGGUAUCAUUCAGGUUCUGUUAGAGGCUGUCGCCAUUGCUGCUAAAGGUUCUAUAGGUCCAACUGUGUUAGAAGUCUUCAACACCCUGUUGAAGCACCUGCGGCUCAGCGUGGAACUGGAAGCCAGUGACUCCCAGAAGGGCUCUGUAGGCAGCGUCUCCCUAAGCUCCAAAGACAACGAUGAGAAGAUUGUGCAGAACGCUGUCAUCCAGACAAUAGGAUUUUUUGGAAGUAACUUACCAGACUAUCAGAGGUCAGAGAUCAUGAUGUUCAUCAUGGGGAAAGUGCCUGUUUUUGGAACAUCCACUCAUACUUUGGAUAUCAGCCAACUAGGGGAUUUAGGAACCAGGAGGAUUCAGAUAAUGUUGCUGAGGUCUUUGCUCAUGGUGACGUCUGGAUACAAAGCCAAGACAAUUGUUACUGCACUGCCUGGGUCAUUUCUGGAUCCUCUAUUGUCACCAUCCCUCAUGGAAGACUAUGAGCUGAGGCAGUUAGUCUUGGAAGUGAUGCACAACCUAAUGGACCGCCAUGACAACAGAGCGAAGCUCCGUGGCAUCAGAAUAAUUCCAGAUGUGGCUGACUUGAAGAUAAAAAGAGAGAAAAUCUGUAGACAAGAUACAAGCUUCAUGAAAAAGAAUGGGCAACAGCUAUAUAGGCACAUAUAUCUGGGCUGCAAAGAAGAAGACAACGUUCAGAAAAACUAUGAGCUUCUUUAUACAUCUCUCGCUCUGAUAACUAUCGAACUUGCCAAUGAAGAGGUGGUUAUCGACCUCAUUCGAUUGGCCAUUGCUUUACAGGACAGUGCAAUUAUCAAUGAAGAUAAUCUGCCAAUGUUUCAUCGUUGUGGGAUUAUGGCACUGGUUGCAGCCUAUCUCAACUUUGUGAGUCAAAUGAUAGCUGUUCCAGCAUUCUGCCAGCAUGUUAGCAAGGUUAUUGAAACUCGAACUAUGGAAGCCCCUUAUUUUCUACCAGAGCAUAUUUUCAGAGAUAAGUGCAUGCUUCCGAAAUCUUUAGAGAAGCAUGACAAAAAUUUAUAUUUUCUGACCAACAAGAUUGCAGAAUCCCUGGGUGGAAGCGGGUACAGUGUGGAGAGGCUGUCGGUUCCUUAUGUGCCACAGGUGACAGAUGAAGAUCGCCUUUCUAGAAGAAAAAGUAUUGUGGAUACUGUAUCUAUUCAGGUGGAUAUUUUAUCCAACAGUGUGCCUUCUGAUGAUGUGGUUAGCAACACUGAAGAAAUCACUUUUGAAGCACUGAAGAAAGCAAUUGAUACCAAUGGAAUGGAAGAACAGGAAAAGGAAAAGAGACGUCUUGUGAUAGAGAAGUUCCAGAAAGCACCAUUUGAAGAAAUAGCAGCACAGUGUGAAUCCAAAGCAAAUUUGCUUCAUGAUAGACUUGCUCAAAUAUUGGAGCUCACCAUACGGCCUCCUCCCAGUCCAUCUGGAACAUUGACUGUUACUUCUGGGCAUGCCCAAUACCAGUCCGUCCCGGUCUAUGAGAUGAAGUUUCCAGAUCUGUGUGUAUAUUAACUGGCUCAUGAAGACUACAGCAUUUAAAAAGGAUCUUAAAACCUGAAAAACAGGGCCAAGACGAGUUUCAGGAUUUGCAUAAGGCUUACUGGAAUGUCCUGAAGUGUUAUGGGACUUGUCUCUACCAACACUUGUCAUGCUGUAUUAGAGGUUUAGGGCCCCUGAUUUAGUACCUCUGGAGAUAAGCUUAUACCACAUUAAUUUGUUUCGAGGUUCCUGUUAGAUUUAAGACUGAACAUGUAUUGCUUUCACAUUAUGCUCUUGUUUAAUAGUAUAUUUUAAACUUUGCACAAACAUGAUUUUAAAAAAUGAUUGAAAAAUGUAUUAAGUGUCUGCUCCACUGCUUAAAAAUGGAUUGCUUUUAUUUUCUUUUCUUCAAAAGUAAAUAUAUUCCUAAUUUUAGGGUUGCAAAUUCUCUCGUGCUUUCUCAAUCCAUGCUUCAGAUGGACUGUGUAGGCAUCCCGUCAGUCCUCCAUAGUAACAUGCGGCAGGCAUUCCUAGGGAGCCCGUGUAGACUGUGUAGACAUCCCAUCAGUCCUCCAUAGUAACAUGCGGCAGGCAUUCCUAGGGUGCCCGUGUAGACUGUGUAGGCAUCCCGUCAGUCCUCCAUAGUAACAUGUGGCAGGCAUCCCUGGGGUGCCCGUGAUAGAAAAUAUCUCGUGGAUAGCAUUCCACCCAGGUUCCCAUCUGGAACUGGUCUUGUGAUACUAUGUUUUCUGCUUCAAGUUGAGCUCUUGAGCCCCUUAAAGCUCACUCUUGGAGUGGGAAAAAGGUAAAGUGUUUUUCAUAUAUAAUGUGUUAGUUUACAGACUGCGCUUUGAAACUAUAGUUGUAUUUUCCUGUGAUUCCAUUAAAUGAAAUAUAUAUUUACUAUAGAAAAGAAAGACAUUUAAAACAGCUACCUGUUCACCUGUGCAGAGUCCAUAAAUUUCAGUUUCUUAAUGAAUUAAUUUACAUUUUAUAUUGACGUUUUAAGUCUUCAUUGUACAAAAAUUCUCCCAGUGAAUCUUUUAAUUUGUAAGAGUUGAACCAAAACUUAUAUACAUCUCUAUGAAGAUUAGUUAUAUACUUCAAAAUAGUCUGUGUGUUCUUGCUACGUUGUGUGAGUGUAAGCUGCCUGUCACUUGUGAGACUUGUAAGACUACAAGGGCAGUAUGUACUGCACAUGCUAGCGACACCACCGCAUGCUAAACAGAAGAAUUCUGCAGUUAGAAAAUUCUCCUAGCACAGUUUUGUGGAAUCACUUUGUAUAACUCUACCUUUUCAAAUUCAGUUUCUUUUUACAUAAAACAGUAUUCCUGUCAAAAAGUAUAGAUCAAAAAUAAUUCAGUUUUAGUUUUGUUUUUGUUUGAAGAAACGAGAUAAAAUAUAGGGUGUUUUAUCAGUGUGUUUUUUGGUUAUUUGGGCAUCAUUAGUAGAAAAAGGGAAAAAAAAAAGAAAGAAAAAGAAAAAAGAAAGAGACCAGGCAUGCCCAAAGCUCUGAAUAUUUACAGCCAAGUAGACCAUCUUGAAGAGGGGUCCAUUUGCUAUCACCUCUGACAGGACAGCCCAGGCUGCUGACCAAGUGCAGAUCUACCAGACCUUGUUCUCAAGAGGGACACCGCAGCUGCCACUGGAAGGCCAGUGCUCUGCUCCAGCUCUCACUGUACUUCCCUCACACCGGGAAUAUGUUGCCAGUUAUGAAAAACCUAAUGCACUUUUGUUUCCCUUUUUUCUUCUUCAUUUUAAAAGAAGGAUAUUAUUUUUUGAUUGCAUUUAAAAUCUAGACAGGGGGACAUGCAAAAACAAUCAUCAUCCACUUGGAUGUCAUUUUAUAAAUUAACACUGUGUGCUUUUGUAUGGAAAAAUAUAUAAUUUAAUAGUAUAAGAAAAGAUAUAUAUUCACUGGCAUUCAUGCAGAACACAAACUUUGCUGUACACAUUUUGUGUUUCUUAGUGGUUUAAAAUGGCAUGCUUUGCAUGCAAAGGAAAACCAUUGCAAUUAGUCUUUUAUUAUACCUGUAUCUUGGGUUUUAUAAACUGCUGGCUUGAGUUUUGUUGCUCUUAAACCACAGUACAUGUCUGGAUAUCUUAGGUCCAACAGACUGAACUAGUUUUGUUGACAAGGGUUCCCAAGCAAUGGAUGUUUGUCUGUCUGAUUCUUCCACAUUUACAGGAAUCACAUUUGGGCGCGUGUGCAAGCUAUGCUGUAGCUAGUUCAGGUACUGAAUCUUUAGGACUUGCAGAAGUUCAUUUUGGCAGGUACAUGAUACUCAAAGCAUUUAUCAUUCUCCUUGCUGUAUACAGUUGAUUAUAUUCUUUUGUGUGACACCAAGCUGUUAAUUUAAACAUUCCUCCUACGCUAGUGUCUAGGAAUUUUACCUGAACUCUCAUACUCAUUCUCUCUCAUUUCCUUUUUCCUCCCCCUGGUCCUCUCAGUUCCCUCCAACCUCCUGUAGAACUCAUUAUCCUUUAGAGUAAUACCACCCUUAACCAGCAGUUUAACUCCCCACUCCCUCAAAGGGGAUUCAUUUGUCUCACUAAUGCUUAUAUGUAUACACAUAUAACAUUACUGUAUUACUGUAACAAAGUAUGUUUUUUAAGUGUAAAUUUUCAUUGUGCAAUCAUAUGUAAGCAAUAAAACAAAUAGAAAAAUAACAUCAC